GAGGCGCGGGUGGCGCUAUGGUCUUGGCGGCUGCAGAAUAAGCCUGGCUUUGCUUUGACGGCAACCUCGCGGCCCGAGAACCUUUUCGCUUAUAUUUUCUGUGGAAGAUGUGACAUAUCCAGACAGUACGUCAUGAUGCAAGGCAAUACGUGUCAUAGAAUGUCGUUCCACCCAGGGCGAGGGUGUCCCCGAGGGCGGGGAGGACAUGGAGCCAGACCCUCAGCCCCAGCCUUCAGGCCCCAAAAUCUGAGACUACUUCACCCUCAGCAGCCUCCUGUGCAAUAUCAAUACGAACCUCCAAGUGCCCCUUCCACCACAUUCUCGAACUCUCCAGCCCCCAAUUUUCUGCCUCCACGACCAGACUUUGUCCCCUUCCCUCCUCCCAUGCCUCCAUCAGCCCAAGGCCCUCUUCCUCCCUGCCCUAUACGGCCCCCCUUCCCAAACCACCAGAUGAGGCCCCCCUUCCCCGUGCCUCCUUGUUUUCCCCCUAUGCCACCUCCGAUGCCCUGUCCUAAUAACCCCCCAGUCCCUGGAGCACCUCCUGGACAAGGCACUUUCCCCUUCAUGAUGCCCCCUCCUUCCAUGCCCCACCCCCCACCCCCUCCUGUCAUGCCACAGCAGGUCAAUUAUCAGUACCCUCCAGGAUACUCACACCAUAAUUUCCCACCUCCCAAUUUUAAUAACUUCCAGAACAACCCCAGUUCUUUCCCGCCCAGUGCUAAUAACAGCAGUAGUCCUCAUUUUAGGCACCUCCCUCCAUACCCACUCCCCAAGGCUCCCAGCGAGAGAAGAUCCCCGGAAAGGCUCAAACACUACGAGGAUCACAGGCACCGGGAUCACAGUCAUGGGCGAGGCGAGAGGCAUCGGUCCCUGGAUCGGCGGGAACGAGGCCGAAGUCCUGACAGGAGAAGACAAGACAGCCGCUACAGAUCAGAUUAUGACCGAGGGAGAACGCCCUCCCGUCACCGGAGCUAUGAGCGCAGCAGAGAGCGGGAACGGGAGAGACACAGGCACCGGGACAGCCGAAGAUCACCAUCUCUGGAAAGGUCCUACAAAAAAGAGUAUAAGAGAUCUGGAAGGAGUUACGGUUUGCCGGUUGUCCCUGAACCUGCUGGAUGCACACCAGAAUUACCUGGGGAGAUUAUUAAAAAUACAGAUUCUUGGGCCCCACCCCCGGAGACUGUGAAUCAUCGCUCCCCAAGUAGGGAGAAAAAGAGAGCUCGUUGGGAGGAAGAAAAAGACAGAUGGAGUGACAGCCAGAGCACUGGCAAAGAGAAGAAUUAUACCUCAAUAAAGGAAAAAGAGCCGGAGGAGACACUGCCUGACAAAAAUGAGGAGGAGGAAGAAGAACUUCUUAAGCCUGUGUGGAUUCGCUGCACGCACUCAGAAAACUACUACUCCAGUGACCCCAUGGAUCAGGUGGGAGAUUCUACUGUUGUUGGAACAAGUAGGCUGCGUGACUUAUAUGACAAAUUUGAGGAAGAGCUGGGGAGUAGGCAAGAAAAGGCCAAAGCUGCUAGACCUCCGUGGGAGCCUCCCAAGACGAAGCUAGAUGAAGAUUUGGAGAGUUCCAGUGAAUCCGAAUGUGAGUCUGAUGAGGACAGCACCUGUUCGAGCAGCUCAGACUCUGAAGUUUUUGAUGUCAUUGCAGAAAUCAAACGUAAAAAGGCCCACCCUGACCGGCUGCAUGAUGAACUUUGGUACAAUGACCCAGGCCAGAUGAAUGAUGGGCCACUCUGCAAAUGCAGCGCCAAAGCAAGACGCACAGGAAUCAGGCACAGCAUUUAUCCCGGAGAAGAGGCCAUCAAGCCCUGUCGUCCCAUGACCAACAAUGCUGGCAGACUUUUCCACUAUCGAAUUACAGUCUCCCCUCCUACAAACUUUUUGACUGACAGGCCAACUGUUAUAGAAUAUGAUGAUCAUGAGUAUAUCUUUGAAGGAUUUUCUAUGUUUGCCCAUGCCCCCCUGACCAAUAUUCCACUGUGUAAAGUAAUCAGGUUCAACAUAGACUACACAAUUCAUUUCAUUGAGGAGAUGAUGCCUGAGAAUUUUUGUGUAAAAGGACUUGAACUCUUUUCAUUAUUCCUGUUCAGAGAUAUUUUGGAAUUGUAUGACUGGAAUCUUAAAGGCCCUUUGUUUGAAGACAGUCCUCCCUGCUGCCCAAGAUUUCAUUUCAUGCCACGUUUUGUGAGAUUCCUUCCAGAUGGAGGAAAGGAAGUGCUGUCCAUGCACCAAAUUCUCCUUUACUUAUUACGGUGUAGCAAAGCCCUGGUUCCUGAAGAGGAGAUUGCCAAUAUGCUUCAGUGGGAAGAACUUGAGUGGCAGAAAUAUGCAGAAGAAUGCAAAGGCAUGAUUGUCACCAACCCUGGAACGAAACCUAGCUCUGUCCGCAUUGAUCAACUGGAUCGUGAACAGUUCAACCCCGAUGUGAUUACUUUUCCGAUUAUCGUCCACUUUGGGAUACGCCCUGCACAGUUGAGUUAUGCAGGAGACCCACAGUACCAGAAACUCUGGAAGAGUUACGUGAAACUUCGCCACCUCCUAGCAAAUAGUCCCAAAGUUAAACAAACUGACAAACAGAAGCUGGCGCAAAGGGAGGAAGCGCUCCAAAAAAUACGACAGAAGAAUACAAUGAGGCGAGAAGUAACAGUGGAGCUAAGUAGUCAAGGAUUUUGGAAAACUGGCAUCCGUUCUGAUGUCUGUCAGCAUGCAAUGAUGUUGCCUGUUUUGACCCAUCAUAUCCGCUACCACCAAUGUCUAAUGCAUCUAGACAAGUUGAUAGGAUAUACUUUCCAAGAUCGUUGUCUAUUACAGCUGGCCAUGACUCAUCCGAGUCAUCACUUAAAUUUUGGAAUGAAUCCUGAUCAUGCCCGAAAUUCUUUGUCUAACUGUGGAAUUCGGCAGCCCAAAUAUGGAGAUAGAAAAGUUCACCACAUGCAUAUGAGGAAAAAAGGAAUUAACACCUUAAUAAAUAUUAUGUCACGCCUUGGCCAAGAUGACCCAACUCCCUCAAGGAUUAAUCACAAUGAAAGGUUGGAGUUCCUAGGUGAUGCUGUUGUUGAAUUUCUGACCAGUGUCCAUUUGUACUAUUUGUUUCCGAGUCUGGAAGAAGGAGGAUUAGCAACUUAUCGUACUGCCAUUGUUCAGAAUCAGCACCUUGCCAUGUUAGCAAAGAAACUUGAACUGGAUCGAUUUAUGCUUUAUGCUCAUGGACCUGACCUUUGUAGAGAAUCAGACCUUCGGCAUGCAAUGGCUAAUUGUUUUGAAGCAUUAAUAGGAGCUGUUUACUUGGAGGGAAGCCUGGAGGAAGCCAAACAGUUAUUUGGACGCUUACUCUUUAAUGAUCCGGUAUUUAUCCUGAAUCAUUUGAUUUUUCUCAGUUAUAUAUUAUUACAGAGGAUUUUAUAUCAAUUAGUGAUUGUGUUUAAAGAGAGUGUAGGAGAAACAAAGUCCCCGAAUCUGCUGUAG